AUGUUUGAUAUCAACGAGGAUAAUCAAUUCAGAAAGUAUGGACUAUCUAGUACUGCGUUGCAAGCUAAAGAUUGGGUUUAUCUGAAACUUGAUUGGGAAGAAUGUGAACUGAUGGAGUUACUAGAUGUCUUAAAGAAGUUCAGCAAAAUCAUGCUCAAUGCGGAAAGUGCUGAGAUAUCGAAUCCUCGCGGCCCUGCUGGUUUAUUAGUCCUAGUCCAGCUCUUAACACUGUUCGAAAACUCAGAGUUGAAUGCUACGAAGGCACCUCUUGAGAUUCUUAUUACUAUUGGGUUAGUAUUGGGUUGGUAUUGA